AUGUGUGGUAUACUCUGCCGCGUGAAAGUUGGUGGUGAAAUAAACCACCCACCAAUACUUACUCCUCUUAACACUGAAGGUAAUCUCACUAAAUGGGAAAGUGACGAUCUGGAAUAUAUUCUGAAAAAUUUUAUUGACGUUGAUUUGCAAAACGAUUUGAAACUCAAUAUUUCAGAUCAGAACAAAUUAUCCAAUCUUGAAGAAUUAAGAAGCCUUAAUUCCCAGCUAAUUAAGUUGAAUAAUGUCAUAAAAAAGACCGAUCAAACAAAUGCUGCUAAAAUUGAAAUACAAGCGAAGAUCGAUGAGAUCAUAGGAACAGAAUUACAAGAAGAACACAAUAGUGGCACCCUGGAUAUGUUCGGAUCAUUAAUGAUAAAAAUAGCAAGUAGGGGACCAGACUACUUGCUGUACUUGCACUUUAAAGAUUCUAAUAAUAGCUUCCAGUUUUUUUCAUCAAUCCUAUCAUUACGGCAACCAUUUUAUUCUCAACCCAUACAAAAUCACGACCUAAUCCUACAAUUCAAUGGAGAGCUAUAUAACCCAGAAUGCUUACAUUCAAAUGAUACAGAGUUUAUAAUGGAACUUCUUGUUAAAAAUAUUUUACUGUUUAGCAGAGAUGAAGGUAUAUUAAAGACCAUAACAGAGCUAAACGGAGAAUUUGCAUUCACUAUAUACGAUCUUAUCGAGUCAAAACUAUAUUUUGGAAGAGACUACAUUGGUCGAAGAUCGUUGCUCUAUAAUAUUGAUGAUUCUGGUUCAAUAGAGGGUGGUUCUGAUAUCAUUAUCAGUUCUUUACCUCCAAGUCACAGCAAUAAUUUCAAAGAGUGUAUUAGCAAUGAAAUCAAGGUAGUCAACUUGAAAGAUUUAACUAUAAGUAAUUUCUAUUACGAAUCGCUUUGGGAUAAGUAUGGCUCGUCUAACAAGUUAGAUUUUAGUCCACUUUCUAGUUUGUUUAACUUCGAUAAACCCGUAGAUGAUAAACUUUCUAAAUUGUUUGAGACCUUAAAUGACGCAUGCUACAUAAGACAGUCUACCAUACAGCCGUUACACCCAGAUAUAAAUGAAGCAAAUAUUGGUAUUUUAUUUUCCGGUGGAUUAGACUGUACAGUCUUAGCAGCCUUGAUAAGUAAAAACUUACAACAAGUCCCAAAUUCCAAAAUUGACUUAAUUACUGUAGGUUUCGAUAACCCUAGAACAAAUUUGAAGGCUUCCGAAUCUCCAGAUAGACAGCUAAGUAAGAAGUCUUGGUUUCACUUAUGCAAAUUGUUUAAUAAUGAUAAUUUUUCGAUAAGGUUAAUCGAAAUUAAUGUUGGUUAUAAGGAAUGGUUGAUUAAUAAAAAAAGAGUAGAAAAGUUGAUGUAUCCUUGUAACACUGAAAUGGACUUGUCAAUAGCAAUUGCAUUUUACUUUGCAAGUAAGUGUGAAAAUGGUUUAAAAUUGGAUCUAAAUGAUACAAGCGUAACAUGGGAAGAAUUUGUACUAAAUGAAUCAAAAUACAUAGAUGUACAGAAUAACUACACGUCUCAUGCAAAGGUGUUAUUUUCUGGCUUAGGUGCCGAUGAAUUAUUCGCUGGUUAUUCCCGACAUGAAUCAGUAUUCAAUUCAUUAGUUAAACCAGAUGAUUCAAAUUAUGAAGAACAAAUGCUUGCUAAAUACAAAGAAUUGUCUAAUUCUUUGAUUUAUGAUAUAAAAAUUAUUCAUGAGCGAAACUUGGGAAGGGACGAUAGAGUGAUUUCAUCCUGGGGUAAGGAAUUAAGGUAUCCAUAUCUUGAUGAAAAGCUUAUUAAUUAUGUCAUUAAUGAAGUUGAACCUAAUUUGAAGUUAUUCUUCAAUUGGGAAUUAGUAAAGACAAAAAAGAAAGGUGAAAAGUUAGUGAUGAAACCUAUCAGAAAAUGGUUAUUAAGAAAAUUGGCUGAAUACAUGAAGUUGCAUUGGGUGAAAGAUGAAUUGAAACGAGCCAUCCAAUUUGGAGCUAAAAGUGCAAAGAUGGAAAUUGGCCAAAGCAAAGUCAAAGGCACUGAUAGUCUCUAA